GUGACGAAGUUGAGUAGCGAGGGGCGAAGAAAUCUAAUCAGAUUAGAUUUUGCAGCUAAACCUGAUUUAGCUUGAUGACAAGGCUGACUUUCGAUUGCUUCAGCCUCGCCAAACCAGAUCAACACAUCAUCUUUCUCGAAAGGAUGGCAACAUGGAGGCCACGAGCUGCAGCCCGAUCAUCCGCUGCGCCGGUAGUCUCCACUCGCAAUCUCGAAUCCAGCUGAUGUUAUGGUCUGGUACUGAGCCUCGAGUCUUCUUUGCCCUUCAUGUUCGACUCCGUAAACUCCACAACAGCAACAAGUCUCUUUGUCCAUCGCGUGUUGUUGAGUACGCAACAAAUGCUCGGCACAGAUACCAGAAUCAACUCAUGUAUCCAAUGACCAACCAUGAGCCGCAGGCAGACUGGGCACACAUACCGUCGGCCAAAGAAAGUCCCGCAUUCCAUGGACCCAACACUCAUAACAAAGACUGGUUGCUUGGCCGCAAUCAGAGAUGUUUACUCAAAUCAGCAGCAAACUAUUCAUGGCUCAUGUCCAUAUAUUCAUUGUGUUUGAUUCUCUUUGUUGCUACCUUCGUUCAUUACUGCGAAUUUCCGACCAUAGUCACUCGUUUCUGAACUAUCGCAUCUUCACUCCUUUUGACUGAGCAUAUAGCAGCAUCUCCAUCGAAAUCUCAACCUUUGAUAUCAAGAUGCGUCACUCAGCUCUCGUCCUGUCAUUCAUGCUGGGUUUGGCUCUCGCAAAGCCCCAGCUUGCCUCAAGCGAGCUGAGUGGCCUCCCAGCCUGUG